UUGGGUAUAGACCUCAAGAAAAUCUACGUUGGGUCUUACUCCAAAGCUACAUAGGCCUGCCUUAUGAAGGUUUUUAGAGAUUCAUAAGGUGAAACAUGCCAUGACUGAUUGGAGAGAGAUAGUAAAGAUGCCUCUGUAGGAUCGGGAAGACUGGCAAACCUUUUUAUACAGGUGCUGGCACUGCCUGUCCAAGUCACACCUAGCCUCUGGGAAACAUCAGACCAGGAGUACAGGACUUCCAAUUUCCAAGCCUGAUGGGAUCUCUCAGUUGGAGCAUGGAGAAGAUCUAGAGAGAGACAUCUCAAAAGCAGCCAGUCCAGAUGAGUAGCUGUUGGAGACAGUGGAAGUACCUGUGAAUGAACCUGUCCAGAUUUCUCUAGACCCAUGGAAAUGCCCACCUGGAGACCUGGUCUCUCCUGUGCUGUGCUCCAGCACUGUGGAGAUGGUCUACCAUAAAGCCAGAAUCUGAUUGGAAGUGGGAGACAAUACAAGAUAGCAAGGAGCUGACUACAGAGAAGGAUUUUUCUAAAGGGACAUCAGCCCCUGGGGAGUUAAUGGAAAGAGUUCCAGAGGAAAGGUCUAGUGAAUGUGAAGACUCUUUAAGAAGUCAACAGGAAAACCAUGAGAAACAUUUAAUAAAAGAGUUUGUUCCUCAGAUGAAGCUUUCUAUGGAGAAUGGUUAUCAAUGUGAUGGGUUUAGAAAAAAUUUUAGUCAGAGGUCAUUACUUGUUCAACACCAAGAGGAGAGACUUCACAAUUAUGAUUUACUUAAGAAGAACUUAAAACAAAAGUCAGAUAUAAUUAAGCAUGAGAGAAUUUGUACAAGAAAGAAGCCUUGGAAGUGUAAUGAGUGUGAGAAAGCCUUUAGCUACUACUCAGCUUUUGUCUUGCAUCAGAGAAUUCACACAGGAGAAAAGCCCUAUGAAUGUAAUGAAUGUGGUAAAGCCUUUAGCCAGAGCAUACACCUUACUUUACAUCAGAGAAUUCAUACUGGAGAGAAGCCCUAUGAAUGUCAUGAAUGUGGGAAGGCUUUCAGUCACCGCUCAGCCCUUAUUAGGCAUCACAUAAUUCAUACUGGAGAGAAACCCUAUGAAUGCAAUGAAUGUGGAAAGGCCUUUAAUCAGAGUUCAUACCUCACCCAACAUCAACGAAUUCAUACUGGAGAGAAACCUUAUGAGUGUAAUGAAUGUGGAAAGGCCUUCAGCCAAAGCACAUUUCUUACCCAGCAUCAGGUCAUUCACACCGGAGAGAAACCUUACAAGUGUAAUGAAUGUGGCAAAGCCUUUAGUGAUCGUUCAGGCCUUAUUCAGCACCAGAGAACUCAUACUGGAGAAAGGCCUUAUGAGUGUAAUGAAUGUGGGAAAGCCUUUGGUUACUGUUCAGCCUUGACUCAGCAUCAGAGAACUCACACUGGAGAGAAGCCCUAUAAAUGCCGUGAUUGUGCCAAAGCCUUCAGUGACCGCUCAGCCCUUAUUCGUCAUCAGAGAACACACACUGGAGAGAAGCCUUACAAGUGUAAGGACUGUGAAAAAGCUUUCAGCCAGAGCUCAUCUCUUACAAAACAUCAGAAAACUCAUACUGGAGAAAAGCCGUUUAAGUGUAAAGAAUGUGGAAAAGCCUUUAGCCAGAGUUCCUCUGUUUCUCAACACCAGAAAACUCAUGCAGAAGGGAAAAUUAAGGAAUAUGGACAAGCCUUUAGUGAGCAUUCAGAUUUUGAUAAACAAAAGAGAAUCCAUACUGGAUAAGUGUAUUACAUUCAGAGCAUAUUUUUUGAGCAUUUACCACAUACUGUGAGUGCUAUAAAGAAAUUCAAGACUUAAAGUUAGCAAAAUAUCUGAUGUGAGACAUAACUCAUUUAGACUGUGAAAGAGGGGGUUACAUUUUUAAAAAUUCCUGGCUGGGCAUGGUGAUACAUGCCUUUAAGCUUGUCACUUGGGAUGCAGAGACAGAUGGGUGUCUGUGAGUUCAAGGCCAGCCAGGACUACAUAGUGAGACCCUUUCUCAAAAAAAAAAAAUUACUGAAUGGAAGAUACUGAAAGAGGAAAUUUGUCUCUAACACCCUAAUGUGUGUGUUAACUGUCAAAUCCUUGAGAGAAGUAAGGCAAGGCUUAAUAGAAGAUGUCUUGGGAGAGGUAGUCUCAUCAUGCUAAGGAGAUGAAGUCCUAAAGAAGCAAGUGUUCAUUUUAGGUAAAAUUUAGGAGUGAAAAGAAGAGAUUGCAAAUUCACAAUGAAUUUGCCCAGGGUCAGGAAUGGUAGAACAGUUGUCCUUCUGCCUUAAGUGCGAGGACACAAAGGAGGUAGAAGAAAGGAUAGAGGAAAAGAAUUGGGCAAUGAACCCAAGAAGUGUUGGUAGAAAUAACUACUGAGUGUUCACAACCAGAAAAAAAUACUAGACUUAAUAAUUGACCUGUUGAAAAGUUCAAGUGAGGGCAACUCUACCCUAAAGCUGAAGAACGUUGGUGUGGAGAUCUGUCUGCACUUUCUGUCUUUUAGUCUUGCUUACUGAGGUGCAUACUGGCAGUUGUUUUGAUUCCAUGGGUGAAGACCUCCAGCUUAGUUUACAGAAGAGCCCUUUGGUACAUUCAGCGUGUUUUAAGCUCAGUUACCUGAGAAUGUUUAUUUAUAAAGAUUUACCUCAGUUAUGUGUACUUUGUAUGUAGGUUCUUUUUUCAGACAUAGAAAAUUGUAGACUUGCACUAGCAUUGAAUUACUAGAUUGUAAAAAAACUUGAAAAGACCAGAAUACUUGCUUGUCUCUAUUUUACUCGGGUUGGAGGCAAGUGACAUCAUUGUAUAUAUUUUUUUAAAUGAAACUUUGAGGGUUAUUAUUUGAAAGAUUAUUUUGAAUGCAGUGUCUUUGAUCUCCCAGUGUCACUAUGUCCUGUCUUGGUAUGGAUGUCUGUGAGUAGAUUUCUAUUUUGUAGUUUGUUGAGCUGCUUCAAACUGUAGCUUGAUCGCAUUUGUUCAAAGUACAUUUUCAGCUCGCUCCUCUACCCAUUCUCCCUUUCUGGAUUUGGAUGGCAGAGCUGUUGAUCUUUUACUGUAGUCUCACAAGUUUCUGACACUUCUUUUUUUUUAAGUUCAUUUUUUAAUCUUAGUCUUCUUGAUCUGCUGUAACAAAAUCUCAUAGAUUGGUUUAAGAAAGAUGAUUGUCACAAUUCUGAAGGCUGAAGAGUCUGAGAUUCAGUUACCCCUUGGCUCUGUUUCUAGUUAGACAUCUCUUCCUGAUGGCUGCCCCCCCCUUUAGUUUCCUAAGACAGGGUCUCAGGUAGCAUGUCAUCUGUGCUGGCCUCAAUCACAAUAUAUAGCUGAGUUCCUUGAGUUCCUCAUUUGCCUGCCCAACUUCCCAAGUCCUGGAUUAUAGGCGUGUAUCACCAUGUCUGGUUCUUAUGGCUGCCUUCUUAAUGCGUCUUCACAUGGCCUUUCCUUAGUGUGUGUACAGGGUGAGAGAGUUACCUCACUUCUUAGGCCAUUAGACCUAUUGCAUUAGGACCCUACCCUUAUAACCUCACUUAACUUUAAUUACCUCGUAAAAGUCCUGUCUCCAAAUACAGUUACAUUAGGACCUAGACUUUCAGUGUACAAUUUUUAAAAAUAUUUUCAUUGAUUCUUCAAGGAUUUCAUACAGUGUGUUUUGAUCAUAUUCAAGCCCCAUCCCACAUCUCUACCCCUACUCUACUAACUGCCCCCCAUUAUUUUUUUAAAGACUAAUCAAGUCUAAUCUGUGCCUCCCCCCCAAAUGCUCUUGGGUAUGGGUCCAAUCCCUUGGAAUCUAGUCAACCUACCAGGUAUCAUGCCCCUAAAAAAAACACGCUUUCCCUCUCCCAGCAGCAUCCAUUGCCAAUCUUCAACAAGGGCUGGCUUCUUGCCUACCUCCCCCAUCCAUGCUGGGUCUGUGUCUUGAACUUGCACAGAUGUGCAUGCUUUCACAAGUGCUAUGGGUUCAUACGUCAGUGCAAAAUUUUUAAGGAGAUACAAUUCAAUUCCUAUCAUGAUAUCCCUGCUCCUUCCCACCAUAUUAAUGUCCAUGUAUGAAAAACACACUUGUUAAUUCUACCCCAACAUCCCCCUAGUCCUAAUUUCAACAUCAACUGUAAAGUCUAUAAAGUUCAGAGUUUUGCCUAAUUAUCACGUGAAUCAGAUAGGAGAUAUAAAGUUCAGUUAUCAAUCCUGAGGCAAAAUUCUGUCCAGCUGUGAACCUGUUGUAUACUUCCACAAUACUAUUGUGGGACAUGCAUAAAGUAGGCAUUCCCACACUGCAGGAGAGAAAUGCAGGUGAAGGAAUGGGUGACGGGUCCCAACUAAGUCCAAAACCCAGAAAAUUCCCAGUUUUGUGGACCUGUUAGGGUGAUAGUCCUCUGUGGCUCUGCCAGCUGACCUCAUUCCCAAGGCUCUACAGGGCAGUCUGAAUUCUCAGGUUUCAGUUGAAGGCCAUCUUGCCUGUUAAAACCAAAAUGAACUAGCUGAAUUAGCCCAUGAGCUGUACCCAUCAUCUUACUGGCCCAUGAACUAUAUCCAUCAUUUUAUCAAAUGGUUGUUCAGACCAACUGUAGUGCUUUCUUCCUAACAAACUUUCUCAGUUUUGCCAUUUGAAUAGAAUUUUUUCAUAUCUUUAGAUUCUAGUUCCUUGAUUAACAUUCCUGUACUUUAAUUCAUCUGUCCCAUCUCACAUCUUACUGUAAGUACCUUUAGUACUUUACUUAGCAAUUGCUGCUAAAUACUCAAUUUUGUCAUUCUCAAGUUCCACCUUCCACAAAACACUAGCACUGUCUUCAGACUAGUUUGACACUAUAAUAAAGAUGAUCUCACAGGGCUAGAGAGAUGGCUCACCAGUUAAGAGCACUGGCUGCUCUUACAGAGGACCUGGGUUCGAUUUCCAGCACCCACAUGGCAGCUAACAACCAUCUGUAACUCCAAUUCCAGGGGA